AUGGCUGUUGCAGAGUUCACAUUUUGCAAUUUGACUGUCUCGCAUGUUGUUUCGGAAACAACUACUGUCAGCGAGAUGAUAAGUGUGGUGAAACAAAAUUGUCCUUAUAUCCCUGAAGACCUCGUACUUUUUGGUUACACUGUAGAUGGAAUUUCACAUGUCAUUAAUCACGAUUUGGAAUUGAGGUUUUUCAUUCACUACUGCAUCUCGAAAGGGAUUGAUGUGUUGAAGUUAAACAUCCAGUCUAAGAUUUGCGUUAAUUCAGUUCCUUCUUCUUCUUAUGUUACUCCUUUUUCGUCGUCAUCAAGUUGUGUUUUAAACAACGAGGUGGUUGUUGUAGAAGACUUGACGGAUGAUUCAUCUUUGAUCAAAAGGGUCCCCAAGAAGUUAGACGCUUGGGCCAACAUCUUAAUUGGAGUAGGGAAGGUGUUUGAAAGUGUUAAAGAUUGGCGUGAUACUGUUAAGAAGUAUGAAGUUCAGAGUGGUUACAAAACUUUCAUAUGUAAGAGUGGCCAGAAACGAUACAAUGUGCAGUGUAAGAACAAGAAAAGUGAAAAUUGUUGCUGGAGGUUUCAUGCCUCUCUCGUUGGAAAUACUAAAGGUGUGUUUCAGUGCAAGACGUAUCAUGGAGAGCAUUCAUGUGAUUUAGCUCGUCCCGAUCCAUCAAAAGUAAGAAUGACGAAAUCUUUUCUGAAGGAUAUCUUAAUAAAUGAUUUUCGAGCAUCAAAGAAGAAGAAGACUGCAGUUGAUGUCAAAGAUAUGCUCCUUCUGGAAUAUAGUGUUGAUCUCACGUAUAGUCAGGCAUACCAUGGUUUACAAUUCACUAAAGAGUGUCUUUGGGGUGAUGAUAUCAAAUCUUAUUCAGACUUUGUUUGGUAUAAAGAAUCAAUUGAACGUUAUAAUCCUGGAAGCGUCGUCAAGUUUGAGUAUGAUGGUGUAACAAAGCAGUUCCAGAGGUUUUUUGUUGCUUUCGAAGCUUCCAUUACUGGUUUCAAUAACUACUGUCGUCCGAUGAUAUUUAUUGAUUGGUAUUAUCAGCGUCCACUGACCAUCAUAUCAGACCGUGGAACUGGCCUUUUGAAGCAUGUCCAUGUGAUCUUCCUAAACACUCACCAUUCGUACUGUUUGUACCACAUGAAAGGGAAUAUUCCUGUUCCAAAGGGCAAGAGUAGGCAAACUGCUGUGAAGUUGUUUGGAAAGUGCUACAUUGCGUUAACAAAGGAGAAAUUUUAUGUUGUUGCAAAGAGUAUGAGCAACUUGAAGCUGGAUUCAGUUAUUGAUUGGAUGGUAAAGAUUUCAUUCCAGAACUGGGGUGCUCAUGCAUUUCUGGGAGAAAGAUUUGGUGAGAACAUAUCCAACAUUGUUGAGAGUUUUAAUAGUGUGAUUAAGCAUGAUAAGCGGCUUCCAUCACUUGAGCUUAUCGAGUGUAUUUGUGCUAAAGGAAUGGAGCAGAACUACAAGAGGUUGAUGGAGUCUAGUAAGUGGACUGCAAAGCUUACUCCCCGGAUGCAGGCUAGGCUCAACAAGAGGGUGACUGACUGUCAUUCUUACAAGUUCAGAAAAUCAAGUGAUAAAGUUUUUGAGAUCAUUUCUCCUACUGGAAAGCACACAGUCGACUUGGAUGUUAAGGCAUGCACUUGCAAUUGGUGGCAGAAGCAUAGUUUCCCUUGCACCCACUCGAUGAAAGCGAUGUUGCAUAUUAGGGAAGAUGAACCUUACAAGUACAUUAUUCUGUAUUAUACUAUCGAGUACUACAGAGGUUUGUAUGCUCGUCCUAUCUAUCUUAUUCCGGACAGUGAGAGGGCGCCUAAAAUUUCUGAGGAUGGUUAUAUGUUGCCUCCCAAUGGUGGUCGAGCGUCAGCUGGAAGGCCAACUACUGCAAGGUACAGAGGUUCUCGAGAGAAAGUUUGCACAAAAAGGAAGUGUGGUCAGUGUGAGAGACUUGCCUUCCACAACCGUCGUAGAUGUCGCAGAGCUCCUUUGGCUCCUCGUGCACCUGUGUUCCGCAAGGAGUCUAAUUCAAGGAUGAUCAACUUUUUGAGGAAGAUGUUGUUCUAA